AGUGGGCGAGGCAGGCGCAGCGCGGGGCGCGGGGCGCCAGAGAGACGAGACAAUGGGAGUAAGCGCGUCACAAAGCGGUCACUCUGGAGACGGCAGGCGCGCUUGAUUUGCUUGGGCACCCGGAGGCAGUUGGUUGAUCGGAGAGCGCGAGAGCGGGAGGAGGUGCUCAUCGAGGAUGGCCACAGGACCCCUGGUUGGUGCUAUUGAUCAGGGCACCAGCUCAUCUCGGUUCCUCGUCUUUAAUCCGAAGACAGCUGAAAUCAUUGUUCAACACCAAGUGGAAAUUUUGCAGAAACUUCCACAAGCAGGAUGGGCAGAAGAGGAUCCCAGAGAGAUUUUGCGUUCAGUUUUUGAAUGUGUUGAGAAAGCAUGUGAUAAAUUGAAACAACAGAAGAUUGAUAUUUCCAGUGUUAAAGCAAUUGGAGUGAGCAAUCAGAGAGAAACAACAAUCUUAUGGGACAAAAAGACAGGACAACCACUCUAUAAUGCAAUUUUGUGGCUUGAUCUCAGGACACAGUCAACUGUGGAAAAGCUGAUCAACAAUGCACCAAACAAAGACAAAAAUAUUCUUCAGGAAAAAACUGGCCUACCAAUUAGCACCUAUUUCAGUGCUGUGAAAUUACGUUGGCUUCUAGAUAAUGUGGAGAAAGUUAGGAAGGCUGUCGCAGAUGGUCGGGCUAUGUUUGGAACGGUUGAUUCUUGGCUUAUAUGGUGUUUGACAGGUGCACAUGAGGGUGGUGUUCAUUGUACAGAUGUGACCAAUGCUAGCAGAACUAUGCUGUUCAACAUCCAUACCUUGAAGUGGGAUCCUGAACUUUGUCAAUUCUUUGACAUUCCAAUGAGUAUUCUCCCAGAAGUGAGAAGUUCAUCAGAAAUUUACGGAUUAAUGAGAUGUGGGUCAUUAGCUCAAGUACCAAUUUCAGGUUGUUUAGGUGACCAACAUGCUGCUUUAGUUGGACAAAUGUGUUUUAAGCCGGGACAAUCAAAAAACACAUAUGGAACAGGUUGUUUCCUCCUUAGUAAUACAGGCGAGAAGCCUAUUAUAUCCAAACAUGGCCUUCUUACAACAUUAGCAUAUAAACUGGGCAAGAACAACCCUGCAAUCUAUGCUCUAGAGGGAUCAGUUGCCAUAGGUGGUGCUUUGGUUCGCUGGCUUCGAGACAACCUUCAUAUCAUUACCACAGCAGAGGAAGUUGAGAAACUUGCUGCUUCUGUGGGUUCCUCCCAUGGUUGCUAUUUUGUGCCGGCCUUCUCAGGGUUAUACGCACCAUAUUGGGAUACUACUGCAAGAGGAAUAAUAUGUGGCAUUACCCAGUAUACAAAUAGAAAUCAUAUUGCAUUUGCUGCACUAGAAGCUGUUGCCUUUCAAACCCGUGAGCUUCUUGAGGCCAUGAAUAAAGAAUCUGGAAUCGAUCAGAGCAGUCUCCAGGUAGAUGGAGGAAUGACUGCUAACAAAAUAAUGAUGCAACUCCAAUCAGAUGUUCUUUGUAUACCAGUAGUAAAGCCAGCUAUGGCAGAAACAACUGCUUUAGGUGCUGCUAUGGCAGCUGGCGCUGCAGAUGGUGUUGGCGUGUGGAGUCUAUCUCCUGAUGAUCUCUCAGCAGUAGUAUGGGAGACAUUUGAACCUCAGAUAGAACCUGCUGAAAGUAACCAACGUUUUGCAAAGUGGAAGCUAGCUGUUGAAAAAUCACGAGGCUGGGAAAACACAGAAAGUGAUGGCAAUGGCACUGGAGAAUGCUGAUAGAAGCAACAUAACUGGAUAAAAAGAUACAGUGUAGUGCUAGAAAUGCUUGAGAAUUCUACAUUUAAAAAAUGAAUUACCAGCAUUAUUUCCUUAUUAAAAGUAUGCCUUGUGGUGUCUGGGCAUACAGCUUUAAUUGAAAGUGCCUUUUUCAGUAUGAUCACAACACAAUAAUAUAAGUACAUAUUUCAGAACACACAAAAAAAAGUUAUUGAAAUAGGAAUUGCAAUGGAAAAUCAAAUGUGGUGAAGCAAAUUCAAAGAACCUUAUUAUGGAGUUACCAAAUGUACUGUCUAUUCUUUAACGUUCAGGAUUUGCAAUUUUGCACAUACAAACUGUGACUGUACUUCACUGACUGUUUUGGUGCCUGAUUCUUUCCAGAAGCUAUUGAUUGUAAUUGGAUUAUACUGCAGCAGUAGAUUAUUUUCUUGAUUUGCUAAAGCACCCUUGCUUAAAAGGAUAAGGCAUAAGGAUAGCAUUAAAUGCCAGUUCAAUAAAAGGCCAGUUUGGAAGUAAGAAUAUGGAGAUACUCAGUAAUACCCACUUUCCACAAAUGAAUUUUUAAAAACUAGAUGGAAAGAUAGAAUGGGCAAGACAAAAGAAUAGUAUAGAUGCUGACUGUAAAAUUAAAGUAUAUCUUGAAAUUAUCUACAGGAUUAAUUUAAAGGCAGGAACAUGCUACCACAGUUACUUCUGAGACUAUUAAAAAGUAAUGUGAUUCGGAACAAAUUAAUUUUCUUUCAAAAUGUAGAUAAAAAUCUUGUUAAUUGGCACAUAUAUAAUUGGGUCUGUUUUUGAUUGCAGAGAGUGUAAGUGGCGACGCAUGGCUAUAUAAUUGGAACAGGUUACUCUUUCUGAAUACAAAUUAAGCAUUUACUUUUGAGCCGAAUUGAGACAAUUUACUCAAUUGGGGGUUCUCAACCAGAUUUCUAUGGUAUGCAGGUUUCAAAGAAAAUCCUGUACAUCUUACAAAUAUAAAAAUCAUGCCAAUCAAAAUCCAAGUUGGGACAAAUGGCCGGGAUGCAUUUUCUAUGAAGGAAUGUUGUCCAAUGAUUGUGUAUCAAAGCUGGCAGUUUCUCUGUAGUUGCACAGAUUGGCUGAAGUGUAAAGAGAGAGCAUAAGGGAAGACAGCAGAGGCAAUUGGUGUUGGAUACACAGACAGAGAGAUUGAUUGUGGGGCAUGUGUGGAUCUGGAACUUAAAACAUCAUGGCCAUUUUGUAAAAUGGUUACUUAGGAUGUUUCAGAAGCAGAAAUUAGCAAAGGCUAAGCUUGUGCUGGAUGAUUAAAGCUAUUCCACAAAAUACCACAAUUUUUUUGUAAGUGUGCAUGGAAUUUCUAUGUGCAACUGUCAUUUAACACUGGUCAAGACAGAGCUUGUCAUAAUUGCUGUGCAACUCAAUAGAUUAAGUCAUUGUUGCAGAUUCUGAAAUGUACUAUAUGACUUUAUAAUUCCAUCAGUUAAUUUGUAAGAGUGGGAGCAAUACAGUAGAUUAACUGUCUGCCCUGCAAUUGGAAAUUAAAAUUGUGAUCAGUCAUAUUUAUACAGUAUGUACAUUUUUGAAAAAUGCUUAUUUAGGUGCAAAGAACUUGCACAUUGGAAGGAUGAUUACAUGAAAUGUUUCUGGUUAGUCAGCAAAUGAAGAAGACAGAAUUGCAAUCCCAAAAAGGGAAAGACUGGAGGAUAACAGGUUGUAAAUAAAACAAAAAGUAAUAUAUAUUUUUAAUUUUUUAGAUUGAAACAUAAUAAUUUCUUACAGGUGGAAUGUCUUAAUUCAGGGUUGGAGUUGGGAUGGGGGUAUAGAUGAUGUUCAGAAACACAAAGGUUUGAGGGACCCUGAACCAGAUAAUCCAAGUUACUGACUUUCUAAGUACUUAAAUGACUAUAAAAACAUGUUAACAACAAUCUGAUGGGUUUUAGAAAAUUGCACAUUUGGUUUCACCUUAUUCUCUCCAAACUUUAAUUAAACAGCAACGGGAAAGUCAUCAAAGUCUAUGCAAAGAGUUAAUUACCUUUAUUUUCAGGAUUGUCUUUUACUGUUAAAAACAGUUCAACAAACUAUAUUUGCAGGUCAUAUAAUGCCAGCAAAUUAGAAUUCUUUAAUCUCAACAGUGAACCUGAAAUCUAACAAAGACCUCAAGAACAUGAAGUUAUAAUUAUGUAGUACAGAUUUAAUUUAUUUUGGAUUAUAGGACUUUUGACCAAUUAUGGCAGAAGAUACAAUAAUAAUUGAUUUGUGAUGAAAACACAGAUUAUCAUACUUCUAAAAAUCCUCCCCACAAAGUGAAUAAAAUAGUAAAUAUACAAAAUGUGAAAUACUUAACUGCUUCAAACUUUACCUCUAAUUGCAGGGAAUUAGUUAGCUCAUUUGGCUGGUUUGUGUUGAAGAGUGACAGCAACAGGGUGGGUUAAAUUCUCACACCAGCUGAUGUCAUUAUGAAGGUUUCACUUUCUCCACCUCACCUAAGGUGACCCUCAGGUUAAACUCAUCACUGAUUGUCUCUCUCUAUGUGAGAGUAGCCCUGUGGUCUUCUGGGAUAAUGACAAUUUUACCUUUACUUUUAUAUAUAACUGCACACUGCUGAAAAGCUUCAUGUUGGCAAUCAAUUGCACAGGUAAAAUUGUGUCUGACUAAAAAUAUUAAAUAGCAGUUAGGCUGACACUGACUGGGCGGCCGUUUUAGAAUCCCAAUUGAAUCUGGAAUUGCCACAAACAGCAAAACCUAUGAUAACAAAGUAACUUUACUUCCUGCAGUCAUAAAGUAAUAGUGUAUGUGUUACCUAUACAAUUAGUAUAGGUUUGAUGAGAAAAAUCCUUUGAUAUAUCUUGUCAGGUGCCAAAAAGGAAUGUAUCCUUUUCACCUCUCUGUGCUUCACAGUGCAAUUACAAAUCCAGUCAAACACUAAGAUGCAUUUUUUUCUCAUUGUUUGUUUUUCAAACUUCUAGUGAGUGGUCAGAAACUUCAAAUUUUAUCAACAGCAUUCUCAUGCCAGAACCCUAGCAUCACUUUAGAAUGAAAGAAUCCUGCUUGCUGGAAGUUGAAUCUUGGGACAGGACAGUUCAUUAUAUAUUUAAAGAUUUACAUUUAGCCUUAUGACUUCACAACAAAUUAGAAAUGAAUUAAUCGAACUGAUGCUACUUCUCAGGAGUACAAGUUUGCUUUAAGAAUAUUUCAUUGAAUUUCCUUCUGGAAUUGCUUAAGCUGCUAUAAAAUUAUCCAACAGUAUAUUUCAAUGUACCCAGAGUCAGUACUCUACAUGCAUGAUAUGGUACUGUGCAACUGAGUCUCAUAAUUCAAGUGAAUCUACAGUCAGGAUUAUCCAAUGAAUAUGGUAACUAUGAAUACAUACGAAUGAUGCAGUGUUGAGAGGUGUGAAUUAGCAUGCUUUUUUCAAAACGCUUUAAAGGAAUGAGUAGAAUAGGGAUUACUCAAAACAAAAUAUUCAUUUAAAUUACCUAUUCUGAAAUAAACCUAAGUGAAAAUGGGGGAGAUUAAUUUUUAAAGAGGAAAAUGUAAUUAUUAGUUAAAAUAGUUACAUUGAUCUUAAAUGUUUAUUUGAGAUGCUGAUUUCAAUGUACAAAUAUUUUAUUUUAAGCUUGUAUUGAUUAAUUUCAUGAAAUAUUUAAUAAAAAUGUAGUUCUUCAAUUCUGUGCUAUUCAUUUAACAAUUUUGCUGUUAAUGGAAAUCAUAAUCUCUACUCAACAUGGAUGAAAAGGCACAUUUCUGUGGCUGUAAAAGCAAAUGUGCUACUUAAAAUCUGGCUUAAUUUGUCUUCAUAGAUUUUGACAUUUAUGUUCAUAAUAUUAUUAAAUAUUUCAUUUCCAUAAACUUUGUCACAAGGAGAAUU